CGUUUUUAUUCUCUUCUUCUUCUUUCUUUACAACUACGUAUAUACAAAAGAUAUUGUUUCAUUCUGAUUAAAACGGAUCAUGAAAAAUUUGUUCUGCGGAAUGAGCUCUCUAAAAUUAUGAAUUAUGAUGAAUUACUAUUAAAUAAUUAUUUUUAUGUAUUAUACUAAAUGUCCUUGCAUUAUAAAUUUUUUUUUUAUUUCUUAACGAGAUACGAUUUACGUUCGAUUAUAAUUUAUUAUUAUCAAAGAUUGAGAGAAAAGAAAAGAAAAGAAAAGAAAGAAGAAGAUCCAUUUUUUCGCUAGGAAAUAUUGACGUACAAAAUGGCGAAAGAGACGUUCAUAUAUCGUCCAUUGAUACGAAUAUUAUUUCACGAUUAAACGAUUUUACGUAAACGUUGAAUACGACUUUUUCAUCUAGAUUAUAAAUAAAUUCUUGAAGAUAGCAAUUUGAGAUAUUGUCCGAUCGUCAAAACUUUCGAAUAGUUAUCGGACGCACGUCAAUGGAGAUACGUAUCGUGGGAUCUCUUUGAUAACAAAAAGAAAAAAAAAAAAAAGGAAAAAAGGAAAAGAAAAAAAUAAUGAAUGAAUGAAUGAAUGAAUGAAUAAAUAGAUAAAUAUAUAAAUAAAUAAAUAAAUUCGAAGUGCGACAGCUUGAGCGAUCCAUUAACGUCCAUUAAAAUGACACGUCAUUGAAAACAAAACGUUCUACAUGUCAAUCGGUCAUGAUGAAUGGCAACGAGACCAACAAGAGCGUACGCUCGAAAUUUAUGCGGAGGAAAUAGAGCGAAGAGAAUUGGAAAUAGCAUGGACGACGGGCGAACAAUCGUCGCGGACGACAUUGACGGAAGAUAUCAUCGAAAAAAAUAUUGUUAUCAGAUCGGUGGAAGAUACGAAAGAAAAGGACGACGAUUCUCGCUCAUCGUUGGAAGACAUAUGUAGAAUCUGUCACAUGGGUGAUGGCACUUUGUUAGGACUCAACAAGAAUCAAUCGAGGUGUCAUACUGACGACAAACAAAUUCGAAUACCCACGUUCUCUUCUUGCUCCUAUCUGGGUCCGCUUAUCUCCGCCUGCAAGCGACGUAACAAGGAGGCUUGAACAAUUAUUAUUAUCGAUAUUUUAUAAAUCGAAUUAUUCAAAACGAAAAUCAAAAAACGAAAGAAGAUAAUAGAAAAGAUAGAGAAACGAAGCGAG